UUGGGCGCCACUUCCACAAUAUAUUCAAAUAUCUGAAUAUCCAGAAAAUACAAAAAAGAAAGAAAAAAGAUCUCCCUUUUCAAGCAAAAAACUCCAGUCUUUUGGUUUCUGGACCUUCUUCUACAGCAUUCUAGGGUUUCCCCAUGGACGGCAUGAACGACCAUGAGAGAGCCAUUGCUUGGCUUUGGGCCAUUGAAGCCCUCGCUAGCUUCAAACAAGUUGAUGCAUCGCUUUUACAUGAUUUAAUUGCGAUGGCUCCAACAUUACCUGAAGAUAUUGGGAACAAUGCAACGGAAAGGGUUGCUUUGAAAUGUUUGGAGAGUUUGUUUAGUCCUUGUAAUGUGAUGAGCAGUGAUGUUCCUUCUUCUCAGCAUUCGAAAAUCGGCUUUAAUUUAUCGGAAACUUGUGAAAAUGUUCUCAAACGCAUUGUAAAUGAGACACCACAAUCUGAUUUGAGAACGGGCGGACCAGGGGUGUUAAAAUGGGAUAUUCACCCCUUCAUUAUGCACAAAACAGCUUCUUUGCCUAAUUGUGCAUUGAAACAGCUGAAAGAUUCAAUCCUUGCUGGUACACAUCCACAUGCGGAUUUCUUGAGAAAAAAGGGCGGUUUAACACUUACAAGUGAUGGUGAUAGAGUUCCUUUGGGAGAGAGUAAUCCUAGGCUCAAUGAGAGUUGCUCUAAUGCUCAAAACAUGGGAAUCAAAGGAAGCACAGAUCCUCUGAAUAUUGAGCAUGAGAGUAAACAAUUGGAAGAAGACCCAGAUAAUGCAAAUCUGUUGCCUUCCAAAAGGAAUAGGAUUGCCUCAGAUGCUCGAAUUAUGGCAGAUGAAAAUCGUAGUAGUGUAAAUGUUUCUGAUGAUUGGAAUAUCAUAUCAAAGAAGAUGAAGUGUGAUGCCUCUUAUGUUUUACAGUCUACAGAGCAGAACCAAAUUCGUUUACAUGGAAAAGAACUAUUGGGAGAUUUAUCUGAGAGGGAAAGGUGUGACUGUGCAGAAAAUCAGAUGGGAACGAUGGAUGGAAGCACGGCCUUAGAGAAUGGUUGUGAUGAUUGUACUUCCUCAAAUGGAUAUGGACAGAGCAAUGGCGAUGCAGUCCAUAAGAGUCAGUCGGAAAAUCAUCUUAAUGCCACUUCAAUGCCUCAAGAUAAAUCUUUGGAUGAAGCCCAUCAAUAUUCAUGUGCUGAUCAAACCAAACAUGAUAGCUGUCUUCAUCCGGAGCCAAGAGCAUCAAGUGUUGCUCCUCCAGAUGGAAUCCAAAACAAGGUUUCUGCUAAAGUAUUCAAUUUUAACAGUGAGCACAAUUUUCAUUCUGCAGAUGGACCCCAAGAGAAGAGCAUUUCUGAAAAUGGCAAUGGCUUGGUUGCGAAGAAUCUGGCAGAUGAAAACCAUAAAAGUGUAAUUGGUUCUGAUGAAACCCUGCAUAAGGUUUCUGCUGAAGUAUUCAACCGUAACAGUGAGCUGGGUAUUCUUGUUAAAGUAUCACUUCCUGCAUCCACAGAUGAACCCCAACAGAAAAGCAUUGCUGAUGAAGGUAAAGACGAUGAACAUUUUCCUGAACCAAGAGCAUCAAGUAUUGUUUCUCUAGAUGAAACCCAGCAUGAUUCUAGCAGUGAGAAUGAUUCUCAUAUUAAAGUAGCACAUCCUGCAUCUACAGAUGAGUCCCCAGAGAAGAGUAUUGCUGAUGAAGCGAGAGAGCUCUUGGAUUGGCUAUGUCAUUAUGAGUCAGAGAUCUCGACUGAUAGUGUUGAAUUUCAUGACGAAGAAGAUUGAUGUUGUCAUGAAGAAGCAUGCUUUGUUGAGCUCUCAAUCCACAUCCAGUCAAUAUUCCUCAGAGACAACCAAAAAUCUUUGUAAGAAGCCUAAUGAAGGCGGUCUGUUGAUUUGUAAUACCAGUAAUUGCCCUGUUAUGGUUCA